UCAGGUCGGGUUCGGCUUCGCAGAAUGGAUCAUUAUUCCACCUAAUUCGGUAUGUCACUCGUGUUUUGGUGUCAUGCUAUAAUAUGCAUGGUUGUGCGGCCGUCGUAAUUAGCAUUGCCUCGGAAUGGCGGAGCCUCACUCGGGAGGCGAAAGCCGAGCUGCUUCGAUCAAUCCAUCGACGCAAGAAAUAGGCGGAACCCAGCAGAUGAAUCCGAGACGAUUGAAGGGCCACAAAGCCGCCGCCACCUGCUGCGUCGCCUCCCGCCUCCGGCCCGGCGUCAUCGCUUCUUCCGGCGAGGAUGGUUGCAUUUGCUUGUUUGAUUUGCGUUGUAAAGAUGUUCUCUUUACCAUUGAUGUGGGGGAGGAACCUGUCUCUUCUUUAUGUUUCAAAACAGGAAAUGAUGAUAUUCUGUAUGCCUCUUCGGGAACAAAAGUCUCGUGUUUUGACAUCCAGAUGGCAUCUUCUUGGAAGCCACUGGAAACCUACAGCUACAACAAGGAUGAGAUAAACCAGAUUUCUUUCAGUACAAAGUCAAAUUUCCUUGCUGCUGCAGAUGAUAGUGGUGAAGUUAAGAUCAUUGACAGUUGCCAGCAAAGCCUGUACAGAACAUUGAGAAUGGUUCAUACUAGUAUUUGCAGUUGUGUACAAUUUGUUCCUUGGAAGCCCUGGACAGCUAUUACAGGUGGUCUGGACUUAAAGCUUGCAAUUUGGGAUUUCUCAAAAGGGAGGCCACAUAAUGUCAUUGAUUACGGAAUGGCUGAACCUGACAGCAAUAUCACAAAUGGGAAUGCAGGACAAUGUUUCAAUCCUGCAUUUGUUCAUUCGAUAGCAGUACCUGAAGUAGAUAUGUUACCGGGUCUGAACAAGGUAUGUGCUGCUGCAAGGGGUGAUGGUGUAAUUGAUGUGAUUGAUUUGGAAGUUGAACUAGCUAACACGAAGUCAAAAAGCUCAUCUAUAGCCAAGGGUUCUCAACCAAGAUCUAGAAAAGCUGAUGCUCAAUCUGCAAAGACAAUGGGUCAAGUUCUAAGAAAGCGCACACGACUGGAUUAUAGUUUGGGAGGGCAUACUGCUGGUGUAUCCUGUGUGUCCUUUUCCUUGUUCGGGGAGCGUGGAAAGUUUCUAAUUUCAGGUGGAAAUGAUGCAUCAGUGAAGUUGUGGGAUUGGUCUAAAUGUUCCUAUCCUGAACAAGCAAGCUGCAGCACUCAUUUAAGUUUGACUGUUAACAUGAACAGAAAGGUCAAUUGGCUGUGUACUACUCCGACUGACUCAGAAAACCUUGUUGUGUGUGACACAUCAAAAAUACUGAAAAUUUACACAGUUGCAUAGAAAAAACUGGCUAAAUGGAUGGAAGUCAGUUAUGGAAGAGUUGAAGCUAGAUACAAGAUUUUGAAACUGAGCUUUUGAAGGACCCGUCAGGUGAUGCAUAUAGUCAUAGAAACUUGUAGCUGCACCACCGCACUGCUCAUCUCUGCUAACACGGGUGUCGUCAAAGGUGUAGGCUCAUUCAAUGGGUGGCUGGUAAGGCUGUAGAUUUCUUUAAUAUGCAGAUUAAGUGAGACAUCACUCAUGUUAUGGUAGAAGUCAUGCUGAAACCAUUCAUAUUUUGCUUAAAAAUAUUUGGGAGUUUGCUGAAUACAUUUCCUUACCAUGAAGUUUAGCUUUCAUACAUGGAUGAAAUUAUUGAAGUAGUCUUUUGAUAAUGAAAACAUACUGUAUAUUGUUUGCAAGAUACUAAGAGCAACCAAAUCAUUUGAAUGGUUUCCA